UUUAGGCUCAUUCCAAUCUUGUCUGCACCAUGCCUGGAGACUUCUCCAUGUGUCUGUGUCUCAGUCCCCCUCCUCCACCACAGUUUUGUCGGCCAUCUACAGGAACACUUCGCCCAUGCCUGGCUCCAUUUCCUCGUCCUCCAGACCCUCGUAAAAAGGGCGUAGUCUUUGCCGAUGCACUCGGACUGGCUCUCACCAGCGUGCGCCAUAUCUCACGCCCGUUCUUUGAUGAGGAUCCCCUGGUCAUUGCGUUGGCUUCCUUGCGAGCCUUGCGCCCCUUCUCCACCUCAACGUACACACUGGACUUCCAGCCUCCUGCUCACGACUACAGUAGCUUCCGGGCCAGGCUUGCCCAGCAGCAUGUAUGCUUGGAGCAAUGCGCUGUCCAGGGGGCUGCAGUGGCUGGGACUGUACAAGUCCAUAACCUCGGCUAUCAGAAAAGGGUGACUCUGCGGGUCAGCUACGACAACUGGAAAAGCCACUAUGACCUUCCAUGCUCUUAUCUCCGUGACCCGUAUGGUGGAGGGGAGACUGAUAUGUUCUCAUUCAGGCUUCCACUGCCACCAGGCACCCAGCGUGCAGAGUUCUGUAUCUGCUUCUGGUGCCAGGGUGAGGAACACUGGGACAGCAAUGGAGGCAAGAACUACGCACUGCACAAGGAGGGCGAGCACAGCAGAUACCUUCACAACAUGUAUUGGUAAUAUGGGCCAGAUUGGAGUUUAGAACUAUGAAAGUGCUGGCCCACUAGAACACGGUAUCCCUGCAUUGCACAGCCUCCCUUUUGUGGAUCAAGAGGGAGACUCCACAUUCUUUAAGCUGUAAGGGGUAGACUAGACCGAAUGUCACUUAUUUAAUGAUGUGGUUGCCAUAGGCUUCUACUUGUGGCUUGAAGAUUAG